UCGCUGGAGAUGCAAGUCAGUGGCAGCAAUAGGAGAGAAAAUGACUGGUCAGCCUUCAUCCCCAACGGCGGUUUCAGUGUGAAAAAACCGCCUCUGCUGAUUGGGCUGGGUCCGAGUCCCACAGCGGUGAACUUUUUGCAGGAGGAAUUGGGUCACAACCUUGCACCAAAUACUGCCGAUUUCGCCUUCACUCGGCCCCUUCAUCCUCCCAAAUUUUCCACUUGUGGCGGCGGAGACCCCACGCGAUCCGAGCACAGGGGCAACCUUGAGAUGAAAGAACUGAUGGGUUUAGACGUGGAAAAGAAUUUUAUUUAA